GGGGUCGUCUACCCAAAUGUAGAAUUAUGUAAGGAAGGUCACUCUGGAAAAGUUUUCCAAAGGUCCAGUAAACGCCCAAUUUGUAAGAAUGAAAGGUCUAAGGGAACUGGCCCAAAGCUUAACAAGGGGAUGUUAAUAGAGUUUGAUGCCACAAUAAAAGAGCCCAUGUCUGUUACUAAAGGGUUUAAAAAUAUAUCCCCUGUAAAAUUAAAUAAAGCAAAAAGGGCUGGUCUAAUGGAAAUAGAGGGAGCACGUUGUAACGUUUACAGGUACCUGGCACUUAAAGCUUAGGCAUCGUAACCCCAGGGUACAAAGGGUACUGAGACUUGUAAACCCCCUGGUGGUUAAAAGGACUAGCAUAGUCUUAAGGAAAUUAGAAAGACCGCGAUUUUGGAAGCACACUCGUAUAAAAAAAGGCACGGGGAUGUCGUAGA